CGCCGCCCGUCACCCCGCGGAUCCCACCCCCAGGCCCCGCGGGGACCGGGCAGGGGACGCGUCGCGCCGUCCCGGUGCGGGCGGGGCGGGUCGGCGGCGGCGGCGGCUCCAGCGACCCCGCGGGACGGCCGCCCGUCAUGGUGGACUACUACGAAGCGCUCGGUGUGAGCCGCAACGCCACCGCCGACGACAUCAAGAAGGCGUACAGGAAGGCUGCGCUGAAAUGGCACCCAGACAAAAACCCGGACAACAAGGAGUACGCCGAGCAGAAGUUCAAGGAAAUCGCCGAGGCCUAUGAAGUGCUGUCGGACAAGCAGAAGCGCGACAUCUACGACCGCUAUGGCAAAGAGGGCCUCAUGGGGGCAGCAGGGCCAGGGGGCUCCAGAGCCGAUGCUGGGGCUCCCGAAUUCACCUUCACGUUCCGCAGUGCUCACGACGUUUUCCGGGAGUUCUUUGGUGGGCGAGAUCCCUUCGCUGACUUCUUUGAUGAGAUGCUGCCCUUCUCUGAGCUGCGGGGAGCCGGCUCCCGGCACCAUGGAGGGGGACACUUCUUCUCCACCUUUCCCGGAUCCUCAGAUUUCUUCGCGUCGUCCUUCAGCUCAGGGGCUGACACAGGGAUGGGAUUCCGCUCCGUCUCCACCUCUACCACCUUCGUUAAUGGUCGACGUAUCACCACAAAGCGAAUUAUUGAGAACGGACGGGAGCGGGUGGAAGUGGAGGAGGACGGGGAGCUGAAGUCAAUCCAUAUUGAUGGUGUCCCUGAUGACAUGGCCCUGGGGCUGGAGCUGAGCCGGCGGGAGCAGAAAGCCAUCCCCAGAGCACGCCCCCCAUCGCCCCCACCGCCUGCCCCACAGCAGCCCCCGAGCUCCUCGCCCAUCUGCCUCUACACGGACAGUGAGGAUGAGGACGAGGACUUGCAGCUGGCCAUGGCCUACAGCCUCUCUGAGAUGGAGGCCGCGGGGCACCACCAAGCAGGUGGGCACGGCCCCAGCGCCCCCCCGGCCCCAGGGGGCAGCCCUGGCCCCCGUGCUACCAGUACAGCCCAUGGGCCUCGGGGGGGGGCAGAGCGGGAGCCCCCAAGGGCUGGCAGCCCCACAACACCAGGGCGUAAACCUGCCUCUAAGGCGAAGCAGUGGCACUGCCACCUGCUGUGAGCAUGGGGUUAAGGGGCUGUGCCCCCCAGGGGAAGGGCCCUCUGUAGGGCAUUGUGAAGAGAAUGAGGUGCCAGGGCUACAGCAAGGACCCAUAAUGCGGUGGCCGCCCAUGGCUUAGCUGUCUCCCACAGCAGUGGAAUGGGGGAUCAGUCCUGCCCUGCCUCCCUGCUCCUCCAAGGGUGGAGGGUGGCAGGGGGGAAUGCUGAUGCUGGGGGGCAGCCAAGAUGAGCCUGGUUGCUAAAAGAAAGGCCCUUGGUUGGGCUCUGUAGGAUGGGCAGCUCUGUGCCCAGGAUUUGUGGGAUGUGGGCAGGGGAGUUCCCCUCUCUCUGCCUUCCCUGUAUCCAUGCAGAGGUUAUGGCCGGUGCUCUCACUGCUACCUCAGAUCUGGGGGGCUGUGGGGAGCUUCUCCUUGCAAGGAGAGGUGCGCGGACAUUGCUUGGUGCCUUGUGUCUGGUGGAUGCCUUUGCUCCUGCCUUUACCUCCUCCAUCCCUCCUGCUGCAGAACCCUGCUUGCUCUCUCCCACUCCUUGCAUACCAGGGACGCCUGCCUUGGCUAGGGGCACCGUCCCCCUUGUUUCUCAUGGCUGUCACCCCCUUCGUAUGCAGAAGAUGGGUGCAGCUCAGCUGUACAGUGCCUUGGCUUUCCUCCCAGGACCUUCCUCUUCCCUCCAUCCCAGCUGGCUGCCGUGCACUCCCAGCACCAGGUUUCACCAGUCAUGUUGUGUGUCCCCCCCCCUCCGCUUGUCUCCCCAGGUGUGUUCUGAGGCUGCUGCGCCCAGGGACCGUGCACGCCCACUCGCCCACGGAGGCACAGAGGACUCCGCUUUGUCCCUGCACGGCCACCCCCUGCCACCUCCUUCCCCCAGCACCCUCCAGCUCCAUGGGAUGUAGUUGCGGGGGGAGGGGGAGGGAGGGAGGUAUGGAUGUAGCGUGUGUGGCCAUAGGAUUAGAAGGAUGGACCCAUGCACCACAGGGUGAUGGGGAGGGUGCAGUGAGAGGGGACUGGAGCAGGGAUUGCUGUAGCUUAGCCAGAGCUGGCUGCUGGGGUGGUGUAGAGCUUGGCACCCUGAGGUGAGGUUGGGGGGGCACAGGGGGCUGUGGCAGGCAGUGACAGGCAGCCAGCCAGGGCAAAGGUAACAGCGCCAGCCUCUGCCUCCAUCCCCCGACCCGCAGCUCCCCCAAACCUCAUCUGCCUACAGCAGUCAAUAAACCUGUUUGCAGGA